AUGGAUGCGGAUGCUUCCUCACGUGGACUCAGACCUUGUCUCCCCAAUCCUCCACUGAGCGUGAUACAGCAGCUACGUAGCUAUCGCUUACCUCUCGCUGUCGACCAUGUACCCAACUAUGUCUGGUGCGCGCUCUUCACUGCUGUUGGUGGCUUCAUAUUCGGUUUCGACACCGGCAGUAUAGGCUCCAUCACGACUAUGCCCCAGUUCGUCGCUCAGAUAUCCACUGAUGGCAAAUUGUCGUCCACGUUGCAAGGUCUCAUUGUGUCGACUAUCCUCAUCACUGCCUCGUUGGCGUCGCUUUUUUCUGGUCCAUUGUCAGAUAGGAUCUCGAGAAUAAGAACGAUCUCUCUUAGCGCGAUCGUGUUCGCGGCAGGCAGUACAAUCUCUUGCUCCGCUCAUACGUUAGCCCAACUCUUCGUGGGAAGAUGCGUUGCUGGCAUAGGCGAAGGUUUAUUCCUGUCGACAGUGACUGUCUAUGCUGUUGAGAUCGCGCCAGCGUCUGCUAGAGGCAGAAUUGGAUCGAUGGUGCAGAUGCUGUGCACCAUUGGCAUCGCGUCUGGUUACUUUGUCUGCUACGGCAGUGCUUGCUCACCGAGCUCUUUUUCCUGGCGUUUCCCGUUUGGAAUGCAGGCUGUGGUAUCAGUCAUGCUUGCUGCGGGCGCGCCCUUCCUACCGUACUCGCCUCGCUGGUUGAGGAUGGUUGGCAGAGAUGCCGAUGCCGAAGCUGCGUGGCUGAAGCUGGGCGUAAAUACCGCUGACGUCGAGAAGAUCGAGCUGAACGUCCGCGGCAACGAUACAGAGGGUAAUUGGUGGGAAGAGACCAAGCUAUUGUGGAUGAAUGGCGUCAGAACGAGGACUGCAUUGGGCGUUUUUCUGAUGGCCAUGCAACAGGCUUCUGGUAUUGAUGGCGUGCUAUAUUAUGCGCCGGUCCUCUUUUCUCAGGCCGGCUUAUCCGCAUCCACUGCCUCUUUCAUAGCAUCUGGCGUCUCAGGAAUGAUCAUGGUUGUGUUCACCUUCGGCGUUCAGUUCUUUGCAGAUAAAUGGGGACGGCGGGCAUCCAUGAUACGUGGGGGUGCUGUCAUUGGAACGGCUAUGCUUAUUAUUGGCUCAAUCUAUGCCUCGCAUGCGUCAGACCACGCAGCAGGGCGCUGGGCUAUCAUUGUGCUGAUCUAUGUCUUCGUAGUCGGCUACGUCGCCACUUGGGCUAUUGUGGUCCGCAUAAUCGCCAGCGAGAUCCAACCGAUGAGGACGAGAGCGGCCGCUACCAGUCUGGGGCAAUGCGCCAACUGGGUCGUUAACUGGAUUAUCGCGUUUACCACUCCCGCGUUCCUGGCUAAGACAUCCUCCGGUCCAUACUUGCUUUUCGGUAGUUGUUCGUUGCUCACUACUGUUAUCUGUCUCGCAUUCCAACCGGAGACGAAAGGCGCUUCUCUCGAGGAAGUCGACAAAGUGUUCGAGGAGGCACCUUGGAGAGCUGCACUUCAGAAACACAGGGCCCGUUCCCACAGCGAGAGAAACAGAAGGAAUGACUCUCCAAUCGUCAUCGCUGUCGGGCAUAACCCAGUCGAGGGUUUCGAAGAAGUGGAAUUGAUACGGCUGCCUGAGGUUCGGUUCUGUAACUACUAG